AACAGGUGAUGCCGAAGAAGGAGGAGGACACUCCCUCGAGCGGCAUCUCGUCGAGCGUUUCCCACGGGUCUCGCCGCCGCCGCCGCCGCCGCCGCCGCCGACGACGACGACGACGACUACGACGGUGAUUUAACAUCGCUCUUCCGAGCCUACCGCUCGCCCUGGAAGUCCACGCCGCCGCCGACUACCGCCAGGAUCUAUUCAGCCAGGACUAGCCGCCGGGACGCACAGCACGGGGGAGGCUCGCAUCCAUUUAGCUCGGGCGGAAUGCGGGGGGAGAGAGUCGGGCGAGAAACGUCGGCGAGAUACGCGGCGAAAGUUUCGAUCGGUCGAUGAUUUAGUGGGCAGCAGGCCGCUCGUAGCCAGUGCUUCCCCGACCGCGAUUCUUCCCCCGACGCAGCUUCCCGCACGCCCCGUUCCACCCGCGAGAGCAGCGGACGUGUGCUCGGGAUGUAGUUACGCGAUUGACACCAGCGCGGGAUCGACGUGCGGACGUGGCGAUGAUCGAGUGUACCCUUCCACGCGCUGGAUUCUGACAAGAAUCUGGGAUCGUAUGUUUCUGAGGCCUAAGGAUCCGGAAAACGUGAGGGAUGCCACAAGGAAGCAUUCAAUGGCAGGGGACGCAGAGAAGAGCCUGCGGACCUGGGGCUAAUUGGAACGUGCAGGUGGUGAGAGGCAAGGUGACAACGCGGUGCUUGUGGCACGCCUGCAAAGCUCUCGGAAUUGGCCUGCUGCUAAUGCUUUUAGGAGCUUGCAUGGCGACCAUAGGAUAUUACGCGGAUCAGCUGUCGGUGGCGCAAGAGAUCAGAGGUAAUAUCACGGUAAAGGUGAAGAACGAGUCGCGCGGGUUUCAUCUGAAUAAUCUCAGCUACGCCGGCCCCGUCGUCAUGGGUCUGGGAGGCUUCAUUGUGGUGGCUGCCUGCGUGAUGACCUUCGAAGCGCGCGACAGCGCGGCCAAGGUGGUACCAGCUCGCUAUCGCUUCAACCAGGCGUCAACGCUGAGGAGCUCGAAGAGCCAGCGCAACAGACGAUCGACGUCGAGCCAAACGACCAAGUGGGAUCAUCAGCUGGGCCUGUUCCGGGUGAACCGCAGCCCGAGUCCCAGCACGCACGAGGUCUCGAGGAAACAGCUGACCGCGGAGUUCAUGCAGUUCUCCAAGGAUCUGCGGGAGAAAGGCGUGGCGCACGCCAUAAAGAAGAGCCCGAGCGCGCCAACGUUGAUCGACAAGAAGUCGCCGCGCCGAAGGUCGCCUAAAUACGCCGGCUGCUCGCUGCUCAACCCGGAAUUGCUGCAGAGACACGCACUCUCGGUCGACAAUCCGAGCUACAGCCCGCAUCAGGUCAGCAGAGAAAGUCUGGAGCACCAAAAGAUGAGCGGUAGUCAAGCCUCAAUGGCGAUGGAUCUCCAUAUCCCGAACAAAGGUCCCGUUACGCUCAAAGUGAAGGACCGAUCCGACACGGCGAGGCGACAUCAGCUGCUGCGCCAAACAAAAGUGGAAGACGUCGAGGAAGUCGACGAGGCUGCGCGACCACCGCCGACUAUCGUGCACUCGCCUAAAUUGCCAGGUGCCUAUUGCAGAUAUCCAGACGACUUCGUACCGAGAAAAAGAAACUCAAUAGAUCUGAGACUGUUGGAGGGGCUGACGGUGGUGUCGAAAGAAUUCAGUAAGGCCUCGCCGCGAGACUUCCGCAAGGUCUCGUCGCCGAACUUCCGCAAAAUGUCCUUCGACAGAAUCGGCGGCGAUCGUCGCUUCGACAGGACGAUGGGACAACGAAAAGCUAGCCUCGAGUUCAGAAGAAGUCCGGAUUUCCGAAGGGGAGAUUACAGGAAGUUAUCGGUGGAAAGAUUUAGCGUCGAUUGCACCCGAUACAUGCUUGACGAGGCGGAGGUGAAGUCCCGCGCGAGCAGCGGCGAGAACCUGCGGAGGCAACCGCGUCACCCUAAACUACACCAUUCCAGGUCGGACGACAGGCGGCGGUCCUUCGACAGGCAUCCGAAGGAUCCCCAGUCGAGCCGACACUCCCUAAACACUCAGGCCGUCGUGGAGGGUUCCGGGUGCGAUUGCGAGCCCAAGUACUUUACGACGGUGUCCCUCGAUACCGAGGAGAGCCGCGGCGACAAUUCCGACGAGAGCCACGUGGUGGACGUCGAGGAGGCGAAUCUUAGCGCCGUGUCAUCCGAGGGGCCCACGGAGGGCGACAUGCUGCUCGAGGAGCCGGAGCUGGAGAACGUGACGGAGAUUGACGUGGAAAGCUCGGGGGACGACCUCGAUGAUGACAAGUGCGAGUCGCGCGAAUCGGCGAGCGAGAGGACCAACGUGAUUAUCGCCGACGACGCGGACUCGCGGACGACAGUCGAGGAAGCGGCGUGCGACACGGGGCGGAUCGAGCGUAGCGAGAAACACGAGACGACUCUGUACAUAGAAGACGACGAGGUAUGAAGAACGGAAGGGAUCUUGGAGGAUUGAACAACGUGCUCACGGGCCACAGUCCUGGGGAAAUAACAACACUCGCCACUCGUCGAGAGAAUCGUGUUCAACAUUGCUGGCAAUGUUCCUUAGCGAAUGCGAGAGGAUUCUCGACGACGGCCGUCGAUCAAUCGUCUUCGGAGUGCGACGUUACGUCGUAAAACAUGCUCAACGACUUAAAAUUUAACACACGCACUGCACGCGACAUAAAUAAAAAUAAAACACGAGAUCACGUACGAAUUGCGUUUUGUAACGAGACAAUCAUUUUUUAUCGGCAUCUCGCUUUGCCUUUCGUGCGAAGGUAACGAGGGAUUGUAACGUUUGCCAUACUAACGACAAAUAAUUGUUACCGACAAAUUUUGACGUAGCGCAUAGAGACGGCGAUAGACCUAAAGUAUAAGACUCGUUGAAAUUCGAACGUGAUUAAAACCAUAGCAAGGAGAUUUUUGUACUUGUAACUGCAAGUUCACCUGUAAAUACGUUUCAGAUUAACUCGUUUGGGCGUUUGUCGAUGUGUCGAAAAUCUCCAACUGACAAAAGUCGACGGGGAACUACGUAGCGCGAUUCAAAGUGAAUCUUGUAGAAAACGGUGUUAUUAGAAUUACAAAGGUGUCUCGGACUUGUUCUCGACUCUCAGUACUGCGAUAAAAGGGAUGCUGCAUUUAUUUAACGAAACAUACAUUAUUUCUCAACGAUAAUUUAACUUUGUUGCUUUGCGCAAAUAGAAAGAGCGUAAGUAAGGAAACGUUAUCCUUUAUAUACGAGAUUUCAAGUGCCCUUUAUUUUAAAACAUUAAUAUAUAUAUAUGUAUAUAUGGAAUUUUACUUUAUUGCAAAUUUACCGAGGCAUUCACGCAGCUAGUAUACACAGUGCGCAGUAAAAUACGCGGUGAACCCUACAUAUGUAUGACACCGUUCAUGAAUAUUUAUGAGGAUUGGCGAUGUUUUGGCGAACGGUCGGUCUCGCGCGCGCGCGGUACUAGCUACGCUUACACUUGGCGCGAGACUACCGUGUUUCGUGAUAAAAGGGAGAUCCGUGAGGAAUAUAUUAGCUGUAAUUGUAUUUAUAUAUAUACAUACGUUACUCUUUACACAAGAUUCAUGCAUUUAUAUGGCACAAUUUUCUCGUACGAAAGCAGAACGUUAUAAUCUCUCCGGCGUGAAUACAUUUAGGAAUCGAUAUGAGAGAGAUAUUUUUCAAAAGGAUACGAAACAAUGAAUUAUGCUAGAUAGAGUGUACCAAAGAUAUUCUUUUACAUUAUGACUGUUUUAUAUGCCUGUUCAUUUAUUCUAUAUUUUUAGUUUAUCGCGUACGUUUACACUUUAUAGUUGCGCUGUAUGUGCGUUAUUAAUGUUUUUAAAUGCUUUAAAAACGUUGAUUCGUAUUCUUUUUAAAGAUUCGAUCGAUUUUGAUGUAGUUUUCUUAGCAAUAAGAAAGAUUCAAUAACUUUCACGUGAGAUCCAUAAAGAACUUGAGGACACUUUGAUAUUAUUCAUCUGUUAUAAUAAAUUUUAAUGUUAAAUUGUUUGACAUUAUCCAUUUUCUAGAAUUGUUGCAAAUAAUUAAUUCUUUGAUUAAAACAUACAUUUGUUUCUAACGAAGUAAAGCAAGGAUUAAUUAAUUUCGAGAGAUAUGUUAGAUAUUUUUGGAUUUCAAGAGCAGUUCUUGCGCAUUCACUGCAUCUCCUUCUAUGUAUAAAGUCUUUUUUGUUAUAUUAAGUAAAAAUUGUAAUGCAAGUAGUUUCCAAAAUAAUUUUUCACAUAAUUCUAUCUCGUAUGUUUUAAUUUUCUAUUUUUUUAUGUCAGAAUAUGCUGUUUGCAAAAACAAAUACGCAUUAAAAGUAGCGUAUCUUCUCUCUUUCUCUUCCAUCUAAUAUAUUAUUAAAGAUUAAAAGUGAUAACAGAUUCCUAUGGAUCUCAUCUGGUGUUAGUACCAUCGAAAGUAUCCUUAAAACUCUUCUUGAAACCAACCGUGAAACAUAUAAUAUUAUGGGAACUGAAUAUUUAUAGAUCUCGGAUCUCUUCCGAUCAGUUGUUGACGCAUUUGUCCGUUCGUGCGCGGCCUAUUCCGUACUUCUUCACGUUGAACAUUCAAGCGAUGACAAAUCAUAGAAGAAUUUGAAAUCACAGAAGCGCUAGAUGCGCUCGGAGAUUGAAAAGAAAAAAACUCAAACUUGUAACGAGACACCGCAGUCUAACGGCGCCGAGUAACAGCUGUUUUUCACCAAGUGACGGCGCAACCGCGCGUGUAAUAUAUUUUUAUAUCCCGCAGCGAGUUCGUAAGACGUUAAUUAUAUGCAUACGUGUAUUAAUCCUCCUCUGUCGAGAAAAGCAAGAUCGUUUUUAUUUUGGCAAGCGCCCGGUGGUCGAUUGUUGACGAACCAUUCCACAUUCCACCUUUCCACCUCGCGCUGAUUUCACUCGAUAGAAUAUCGUUUCACAUCAGACAGUUUCGCGAUCUUGACAAACUCAUAUGUUACUUCGUGCAACGUAAUUCAUGUAACUUUCACCUCUGAUUCGCGUCGCGAAUAAAUUUGAGACAAAUGCAUUUUGAGAAACAUACUUUGCAUUGUGUCGUAGUAGUUGUCUUCGUUUCGAAAAAUCAAACAAACCAUACUGCCCGAUUUUUAUUUUAUCGAAUUUCUCCGAAGAUGAAUAUAUUUCUGAGGAAUUAUUUCGGUACGAUCUCACUAUUUGUUGCGAAUAUGACAAAUUCACGAAACGAAAGUUCGUAGAAUGAGAAUGGAGAAGUCGCAGUUUAAUUCCGAAUUUGUUGGGAUUUUAUAAAAAGUUUCAUAGAUAAAUGAUUACAAUGAUGAAAAACGUGCGCAACUGAGAUAUUUGGUUUAGGCAAAAUCGUUGGACAAUCGACAGCAUGAUAUUCGACGAGAACGCAAGAAAGUCACGAGGCAAAAAACCCCAAAAAAUAAAAAUAUGAAAGACUACUUACUCUCGCGAGCAUUUUCGAUUGUGAAUAAUUCACGUCAAAGAAUGAAGAGUUAUAAAAUAACAAAACUAUUUGUCGCGACAUUUUAAUAUUUAAAACCGAGUCUCAAUGAUUAAGUUCCGAAUAAAAAUUUCGAAGGGACAAGAUUCAUACCAGUUUAUAAAUAAAGAAUAAAUUUAAUUCGCGAAAAAAGAGAUUUAAUCCAAGGGCUUGUAAUUUGAAAAUGAUGCCGCCAUGUCUAAUUGGCAAAAAACUGUACCGUCAAAUUAACCGAGAAAUAUCUAUCGUUGAAAUCCAUGUCCAAGAUUGUUGGGCACGCUGCACAUUUAAGAUCGCUUAGGCGCGAUUAACAGUUAAACGUUAUUGAUUGAACGAUCGAUCUUUGUACGGGAUCUCACUCAGUUGUAUUCAAACGUAGAGAAUAGUAAUGAGAAGGUAGUGUAAUAAAAAAGAAAAAGAUGCAAUCACAUGCAAUAUAUUGUUGAUAUGUAAAUUAACGACUCAAUAUCGAUAGAUAUCAUAAUGAAUAGCACGUCUCUGAAAAGUCGUCUGGUAUUUUUCUACCAGGAUGGUGUACAUUCAGUGUAAUCGAGUGCGACGUGUGAAACCGAGGUUGCGUCGGUGUCUUUCAUAAUUUUCUAACCCCUCGUUGAAACGGCUUACACGUUUGCGGAAAACCGUGAUGCAGUUUACAUAGUGGAGUUAAGCUGUAUCUACAAGUUAUUACUCUGUAGCGGAUACGAAUGUGUGUAUGAGCAUGCGUGUGUGGUGGGUGACGAAAAACAAAACACAUAACUCACAUUUAACGGAGUAAACAUAAUCGAACUGUGAUCGAGGUAUAUAACUUAAUUAAUGGGAAUAAUGUUUAGCGCAAAUGCGCUGCUUCGAUCCAAGCAAUGUCUCAAAUCGAAGAUGCGAACAGUGAUCGAGGAAUUCAUCAAAAUUGUUAAACGCACGAAAUGUAUUCUUAAAAAAAGUCACAGUAAAAAUAACCUGGGUGAUACGUCUCGCAACCUGAGAUAUUCGAUAAUACGUAAUAACUGCAUUACGUAAAUCUACGUAAUUUAAAGCCUGCUCUGCAACGUGUCAUUUGCGUCUAGAAACGUUGUUUUCCGAGCAAAAUCAAAACGCUAAAAAAUUUGUCGAUAUUGUACAAUGUACAAUUUAUUAACUUGCGCAAAUUUUUUAAACGUAUUUAUUGGCUGCAAAAUAAAAUGUUUCUAGAUGCAAAGAGCAUAUAUUAGGCUUGAAGGAAAAGAUGAUUAUUCACGAUAUUUUGAUAAAGAUUUUCGUAUACGAGCGGUUUUGUAUACGACAGAUCGGUUUACUUCAGCUCGAUAACUUGAAUUAUUCGAUUCGUGUCAAAUCAAUAUGCACUUGGACGAAAAAAUUAGACUGUUCGAACAAUAUCUCGCGACAAUCAAACACUAAAAAAAAGUACUUGGGUUCUUUCGAGAAUUUCAAUGACCUCGCGAGACAGCGAGGUAUCUUUUUACAGGUCAGAGUUUCUCUUGAAAUUCUUCAAAGUACCGCCCGUUCCAGUUUUUUCGGUAUAAAUUAAUACUGAGACGCAGAUAAGCAUCAGUGUAAAAUUUUUAAGUCGGUGUAACCCUUGCAUGUUAAUUGUUGUAACAUAUCAAUAAAAAAGGCAUUCCUGAAAUUAA